UAUCAAUGGGCAGAUGUACCAGCAAUGAACAUGAAAGAAAUCAGCGUUAGCUCUAGAACUGGGCAGCUGUGGGCGGUUGAUAGGGGCGGCAAGGUGUGGCGUGCACCUUUCUACUGUGAAAUUUCAGCGAAGUACGACUGGGAAUCAGUUGGUGGCUGCUUCGCGUCCGUGUCAGUAGGAGGUGCAGGAGUUUGGGCGGCGGACCAUUCAGGCUCCGUGUAUCACAGAGUGGGGACAUUUCUGAACGAAACCUCCCCUGGUAAAGAGUGGGUGCACGUACCAGGAGUAAAUCUGCGGCAGGUGGCUGUGGGAGACGGAAUCGUCUGGGGUGUAGACUUCAACAACCGCGUGUUUGCAAAUGUUCUACCAACGCCUGUCGGCAAGGAUGUGUGCCAGGUGGGCCUGAAAGGACGAUCAAUGUGCUACGCAACACAAAAGGAAAAACGUCUAUGCGCAAAGGACGAGAUCAUUUGCCCCUACAGCGGGAAAUGUAUCCCAGAAUGCAGUGUGUGUGACGGCAUCGUGGACUGUGGGGAUGAUGACGAUGAUGAACGAAACUGCUGGAUUGCCGGCUGCCCAGAAAAGCACAGACGGGUGUGCACCGGAGACGCAGGCUGCUACAGCCCCAGCCGUGUGUGCGACGGGGAAUGGAACUGCAGGGAAGACAAGGAGGACGAGCGGGACUGUCUCGGUUUAUGA